AUGGAAGUGGAGAGACUCUUGAUGGAGAUAAUACAAAGUAGAAAAGAUUGUGUGGAAAUGGGAAGAAGCAAUUCUCAUGAAAAUGACUUAUUGAGAAUGCUUUUAGAUGAAUAUCGAAAGAGUGGUAACUUAAACCUACAAUUAGUUAUGGAUGAAUGCAAGACAUUCUUCUUUGCUGGACAUGAAACAACUGCACUCUUACUCACAUGGACUGCUAUGUUGUUAGCUAGUAAUCCAACUUGGCAAGAAAAAGUUAGAAGUGAAGUUAAAGAGAUUUUCAAUCAAGGAAUGCCUUCUGUUGAUCAACUCUCUAAGCUUAAUAUGAUGCAUAUGGUAAUCAAUGAGUCAAUGAGACUUUAUCCUCCAGUAACCCUACUUCCUAGAAUGGCUUUUCAAGAUAUUGUUUUAGGUGAUCUUUUUAUUCCUAAAGGCUUAUCAGUUUGGGUUCCAGUAUUGGCUAUUCAUCAUAGUGAAGAAUCAUGGGGAAAAUAUGCAAAUGAAUUCAAUCCACAAAGAUUUGCUUCAAAAUCAUUCAUGCCUGGUCGUUUCUUACCUUUUGCUUCUGGCCCAAGAAAUUGUGUUGGACAGUCAUUUGCUAUGAUGGAAGCUAAGAUUAUAUUGGCAAUGUUAAUUUCUAGGUUUAACUUCACUAUUUAUGAGAAUCAUAAACAUGCACCAAUCACGGUCCUUACUAUUAAGCCUAAAUAUGGUGUACAAAUUUAUUUGAAGCCUUUAGAUUGA